GGAGGCGGUAAGUGGAGCCGUAGGGCUGGCAUAGCCCAUCUGCAGUCGCGAUAUCAACUGCACCAGUGGUCGCAAAAUGAUUGGGGAGGUUCCCAGCUCGCUGUGGCUCUUUGGCUACGGCUCGCUCGUGUGGCGGCCAGGGUUCGCCUACAGCGCCGUGCGGGUGGGCUUCGUGCGUGGCUACAGCCGGCGUUUUUGGCAGGGCGACUGCGAACACCGCGGAACUCCGCAGCAGCCUGGCCGAGUUGUUACGCUCAUUGAAGACAAAGAUGCAUGCACGUGGGGUGUCGCAUUCGAGGUGCGGAGCCACGAGAUCGCGCCCGCCCUCGCCCACCUGGCCGUGCGCGAGCAGGAGCUGGGCGGUUACGACACACGCUUCGUGGACUUCGUGACCGAGGAGGGCGAUGCGGUGACCGCCCUGGUGUACAUCGCCACGCCGCACAAUCGUCAAUUCGUGGGCCCCGCGAGCCCCCAGGCCAUUGGCGCUGUGGUGGCCGGUUGCUCUGGCCACGCCGGCCACAAUGUUGAGUACGUCUUGAGGCUUGCGCAGGCCAUGCGCCAGCUGUGCCCUCGCGUGCGGGACCAUCACCUGGAGGAGGUGGAGGUGGCGACGCUUCAGGCGCUGUUCACCCGGCAUGUCUUGCUGUCUGUGCCAGCGAGCGUGAGCUACCCCACGGACUUGUUUGCAGUGCUCAGAGAUUAUCUCAACUCCAACAAAGGACUGGACUGCAUCAAGACGUCUUUGGAGACGUUCCGAACUUUCUUGCAGGGCAUGCACUUUACUCAAACAACGGACUCCAAAGCAUGAUGUUCCCAGUGUGUAUUGACAACUCCUUCAGCGCUGUCCAUUUGAGCAAGUGGCUCUCACUGGCAUGCGUCAUAGUAGUAGCAUAAAAUAUUAAGCUCAUGUUUACUGUAAUAUUUGAGUAAGAGCAUGUAUUUCAUUAUGAUCGGAAGGCCGCAAGUUCGAAUAACAGUCAAGGGUUGGCAACAGUGGUUUUCCUAUGGAUAAACUAGUCCCUGCCACAGUAAAGUGGAAUCUCCACUCCUGGCUCAGGACCGCUACCUGAGAUGAGUGCCACCCCAAAUGCAUGCUUGAGAAUGGGGACAAACUUGAUGAUAUAUUUCAUUUUAAUAUUCAGGUGAUGAGCGUCCAAUGCCUCACUGUCCAGACCACUGUUACAUAUUGUGCUGUAGAAAGUCUUAACGGUAAUAUUAGCAAGCUGGCCUUGUUGUUCAUUUCAAAGCAUUUAGUUAGCAUUCAGUGAUGCAUGAUUGGUUCAUUUCGUACGUGGAGUUGAAGCUAGUGUAGUAACUCUGAGAAAAACGGUUGUGGAAAUAUUUCUUAAGUUAUGUUGUGGUGUUUUUUUUAACUUGUUCCUCAAAUGUGUUGCACUAUGAUGUGUGUGGUGGCGGUUUGUACUAUGAUGAACGAUCCUAUGGUGUGCGAACGGGAAAUGCCUUACUGCCGUGGUCAGUAUUUAGUGUGUUGCAUGAUUGGUGUCUUCAGCUGUCCAUGUCAUAAUAAAAACACGGUAAGGUUAAAA